UCCUCAUGAACUCGUUGCUACUUCCGGAGGAGUGAAGAGGAGGUCGUUUACGUUGUCUGGGUUUACUGUUUUGCUUCUCGGAUUCGGCUACCGCAGCCUCUGCUCCCGAUAUUGCCAUCAUGUCGGUCCCCAGCGCCCUCAUGAAGCAGCCCCCCAUUCAUUCCACGGCUGGGGCCGUCCCAGUUCGUAAUGAGAAAGGGGAGAUUUCAAUGGAGAAAGUGAAAGUGAAACGUUAUGUGUCCGGCAAGAGACCAGACUACGCGCCUAUGGAAUCCUCAGAUGAGGAGGAUGAAGAAUUUCAAUUCAUUAAGAAAGCCAAGGAACAAGAAGCAGAACCUGAGGAACAGGAAGAGGAUUCACCUAGCGAUCCCCGGCUUCGGCGUUUACAAAACCGGAUCAAUGAAGAUGUUGAAGAAAGGUUGGCCCGGCAUCGGAAAAUAGUAGAGCCUGAAGUGGUAGGAGAAAGUGAUUCUGAAGUAGAAGGAGAUGCAAGACGAAUGGAACGAGAGGACAGUAGUGAGGAAGAGGAAGAAGAAAUUGAUGAUGAGGAAAUUGAGUGGCGGCGUGGCAUGAUGCGUCAGCGAGCACAAGAAAGGAAAAAUGAAGAAAUGGAAGUCAUGGAAGUGGAAGAUGAAGGGCACUCUGGUGAGGAAUCAGAAUCAGAGUCUGAGUAUGAAGAAUAUACAGACAGUGAGGAUGAAAUGGAACCCCGUCUCAAGCCAGUCUUCAUUCGAAAGAAGGACCGGGUAACAGUUCAAGAGCGUGAGGCAGAAGCACUGAAGCAGAAAGAGUUGGAGCAGGAGGCAAAACGUCUUGCUGAGGAGAGACGCAAGUAUACUCUCAAGAUCGUGGAAGAGGAGACAAAGAAGGAACUAGAGGAAAACAAACGUUCCUUGGCUGCCCUAGAUGCACUCAAUACAGAUGACGAGAAUGAUGAGGAGGAAUAUGAGGCAUGGAAAGUACGGGAGCUAAAACGAAUUAAACGGGAUAGAGAAGAUCGAGAAGCGAUUGAGAAGGAGAAAGCAGAGAUUGAACGUAUGCGAAACCUGACAGAAGAGGAAAGACGAGCUGAACUCCGAGCAAAUGGGAAAGUUAUUACCAACAAAGCUGUUAAGGGCAAAUACAAGUUCUUGCAGAAGUACUAUCAUCGAGGUGCUUUCUUUAUGGAUGAAGAUGAAGAAGUAUACAAGAGAGAUUUCAGUGCUCCCACCCUGGAGGAUCAUUUCAAUAAAACUAUUCUUCCCAAAGUUAUGCAGGUCAAGAACUUUGGACGAUCAGGCAGAACCAAAUAUACCCAUCUUGUGGAUCAAGAUACCACUUCCUUUGAUUCAGCUUGGGGUCAAGAGAGUGCCCAAAACACCAAGUUCUUCAAACAAAAAGCAGCUGGAGUACGAGAUGUAUUUGAAAGGCCAUCUGCCAAGAAGAGAAAAACUACUUAGGAUUCAAUCACUUACUUCCCUGACUGUGGACACAUGGGGAAGUCUGUUUUUGGUGUUUUUUUAUUUUUCAUGAUUGUUCAUGCAGAAUCUCUUUUCUGGCACUUUUUAAGCCUAGCACCCUUUUUUAUGAUUCCAAAGGGACCCUAAAGCAAGGGACUGGAAGAGGAAUUUUUUUUAAUGCCGAAAAACAACAUCCAGUUAUGAGUCUAAGCCUGGGCUUGGUGACUUGGUUUCAUCACUUCUCAUACAAACUUUGCAUUCUAAGUCUCAAAUUGGAACCAUGGACUACAAAGAAAUACUUAUCUAUCAUCUCCUUAGAGUUGAAAGAAAUGCUAAUAGGGAACUUAAACUUAUUAAAAAAAAAACAAAAAAAAAAAA